AUGGUCCAAUACUUGAAAACUACUGGCACUUUGUCUGCCACAGUCAUCAAAAGCGACUCAGGCGCCGGUCGACAAGUUCAACUUCCAUCAAUCAAUUGGAAGAUUUCAAAAAGGCGGAAUAGAGUCUUCUUCGGUGUUCACGGGCCGAGUGACAUCCUCUACGAUGCGAUGUGGUACAUCAAGGAAGACUUCAAAAACCGCCAACACACGACAAAUAUUCUUCAGUACAACAAGGACAAACACCUGCGGCAUAUGAACGUUGAGGCAGCGUGGGACCGGGGCUACUCGGGCGCCGGAGUAGUUGUCACGAUUUUGGAUGAUGGAAUUGAAACGGAUCAUCCGGACCUAAAACGUAAUUACGACAAAGAUGCCAGUUGGGACAUGAAUGAUGGUGAUGACGAUCCAAUGCUGAGGUAUACUCCUGGAAACACAAACCGACAUGGUACCAGAUGCGCUGGAGAAGUCGCUGCAACCGCAGAUAAUGGAAUUUGUGUCCCAGGAAUCGCCUUCAAUGCGAAGAUCGGAGGAAUUCGUAUGUUGGACGGGGAGGUAACAGAUGCUAUCGAAGCUCGCUCGCUCAAGUACAGAAAUGACUACAUCGAUAUUUAUUCGGUCAGCUGGGGCCCCGAGGAUGAUGGAAAAACUGUCGAUGGUCCGGCUGACUUGACACGAUCGGCGUUUAAAAACGGAAUUAAUCAGGGAAGAAAUGGAAAAGGUUCUAUCUUCGUCUGGGCAUCUGGUAACGGCGGAAAAGACAAGGACAAUUGUAAUUGCGAUGGAUACACUAACCUACCGUAUACUAUCGCUGUUUCUUCGACGACGGAGACAGAGAAUAUUCCUUGGUAUUCUGAGCCCUGCGCUUCAACACUGACGACGACUUACAGUUCGGGGACGAACAGUGAGAAGCAAGUUAUAACAACCGACAUCAACAAAAGUUGUACAGAGCAUCACACGGGUACUUCCGGUUCUGCCCCAAUCGCAGCUGGAAUAAUCGCCUUGACUCUGGAAGCCAAUCCGAAUUUGGGAUGGCGAGACGUUCAGCAUAUUAUUGUGCAGACUUCAAAACCUCAACUUCUCACUGCUCCGGAUUGGCGAACAAAUGGUGUUGGCAGAGAGUAUUCUCACCGAUAUGGUUUUGGGCUGAUGAACGCUGGCGCAAUGGUCGAAUUAGCGGAAACAUGGAGAAAUGUUCCUCCCCAGCGCAAUUGCAUCCGCCAGAUUGUCAUCAACUCUAAGGGUUCUUCGCUCUAUCCAGAAAUCACGGAAGCCGACACAAACAUUCCCUUCGACCGCCCGCUAGAAAUCGAAUUCAACUUCGACUGUCCCGAAAUUGACAUGAUCGAGCAUGUCAUGCCCGAAAUUUCGCUCAAGUUCAAAAUGCGCGGACUGCUCGCCAUGCAUCUCAUUUCUCCGUCGGGAACGAAUUCAACGAUUCUGGGGCGAAGAGAGCACGAUCAAAAUCAACGAGGAUUCAGUUCUUUUCAAUUUCUGUCGGUCCAUUUUUGGGAUGAGGACCCUAAUGGGACUUGGAAAUUGCAAAUUUUCAAUACGGAACCAAGAACAAAAUUCACAGGUCAACUAAGAAAAUUCUCAUUUCACGUGACAGGCACCUCAUCAUCACAAGAAAGAGAACCAAUGAUCCCCCAGAAUCAAGAUAACGGAGAAAGAACAGUUCAACUGAGAAACUCGAAACUUGAAUCUGACGAUUCGCAAAACACGAAGACCAGUCAAACAUCGAGGAUAAUGACGAUGUCUUCCACUUAUGCCAUUUCAUCAUCAAUAAUUCUACUCAUCCUAAGCUUACUGUCGCUUUUCCUGUAA